GCUUUAUGAUUGCGGCUCGCUGUACUUCCUGGUGAUGUGUUUCCGGCGUCUUGUGCUGAGAUCAGCUCUAAGAGAAGAUGGUGCUGCUGGAGAGUGAGCAGUUUCUGACUGAACUGACACGAUUAUUCCAGAAGUGCCGCACGUCGGGAAGUGUGUUUAUAACACUAAAGAAAUAUGAUGGCAGGACAAAACCAAUCCCAAGUAAGAGCCAUUCAGAAAGUUUUGAACCAGCUGAUAACAAAUGCCUUUUGAGAGCUACAGAUGGAAAGAAAAAAAUCAGCACAGUGGUCAGUUCUAAAGACGUAAACAAGUUCCAGAUGGCUUAUUCCAACUUACUGCGUGCAAAUAUGGAUGGGCUGAAAAAGAAGGAUAAGAAAAGUAAGACAAAGAAGAGCAGCGCAGCUCAGUAACAGACAUGGACACUUGCCUAUUUAACACUGUCUGGAGUUGUGGAAACCAUCUGGGGGCGAGAGCUAACAUAAACCUGGAUGAUAUACAAAGGCUCUUUCCAAAAGGUGCCUUGCUGCUGCCUAUGU